CUCUCGAUCGUUAACGGAUCCCAGCUCGAUACCACCAAUGAAUCGCUCAUCAGCUGCAAGGUUCCUGUUGCUCAUCGCCGCCACCUGCAGCUCCUUCCUCAUCGCCCAUUCUCGGAAGCAGCCUGUGCUGGCCAGUGACCACAAUGCUAGUGAGGCGUGCGUUCCUCAUGAGAGGAACGCGUUGCUGGCCUUCAAGCAUGGCAUCACCAACGACAGCACAAACCUCCUCGCCUCAUGGAGAGCAGGACAAGAUUGCUGCCGGUGGACAGGCAUCACCUGUGACAGCCAAACCGGCCACGUCGUGAAGCUGGAUCUCAACGGGGCCUACUCCUUUUACCCACCUCUGGUCGGCCAGAUAAGUUCGUCCUUGCUUUCUCUGGAAUAUUUGGAGUACCUCGACCUCAGCUCAAACAGCCUGGAGGGAACUAAUGGCAGUGUGCCAGAGUUCUUGGGUUAUAUGAACAACUUGAGACAUCUUGAUCUCUCCUACAUUCCUUUCUCUGGUAGAUUUCCAACCCUGCUCAGCAACCUGACCAACUUGGAAUAUCUUGACCUCUCCACAUCAUUUUUGGGUACUGUGCCUCUUUAUCUCGGCAACCUUUCGAAAUUGCGCUAUCUUGAUCUUAGUUGGAUGCAAAAUGUGCAAGCAACAGAUAUCUCAUGGAUAAGUCAUAUGCAUACGUUGGAGUAUAUCGACAUGAGCAAUAUAACUCUCAGCACAAUAACUGAUUUGCCUGUUGUGGCGAAUAUGAUUCCAACUCUGAAGCACAUCAUUCUAAUAAACUGUUUACUUCCAAGUGCAAACCAGUCGAUCACACAUCCAAAUCUUACCAAACUUGAGGAUCUAGACCUCUCAGGGAACUACUUUGGUCAUCCAAUUGCCUCAUGCUGGUUUUGGAAUUUAAAAGGCCUCAAGUCACUCCGCCUAGACGAAACCUAUCUUUAUGGUCCCUUCCCUGAUGCACUAGGAGAAAUGGUGUCGCUCCAACACUUAGAUUUUUCCUAUAAUGGAAAAGCAGCCACAAUGACAGUGGACUUGAAAAAUCUAUGUGAACUCGAAAGCUUAUACCUUGACAAGAGUCUAUCUUCCGGUAAUAUAACAGAGUUUGUAGAGAAGUUACCACAGUGUGCCUCUAGCAAAUUGUCUGCCUUGAGUUCACCAAGCAAUAAUAUGACUGGAGUAUUUCCAAAUACUAUGGAGCACCUAACCAGCUUAAUUACCCUUAUCCUCACUAACAACAGUAUUAGUGGAGCUAUACCCCCAGGGAUUCGAAACUGUACUAGUUUGGAGUACUUACAUUUCAGUUCCAAUCGACUCAGUGGCCAGAUACCAUUACUGCCCAGAAGCAUCAGGAUACUGGAUGUCCCCACGAACUUCUUGUCAGGGCAUUUACCGCUGGAAUUUGGAUUUCCAAAUCUUAAAAAUCUAAUCAUAUCUUUCAACUACAUUACUGGUCAAGUUCCGCCAUCUGUUUGUGAGUCACCAAACAUGGCAUUCCUAGAUUUAUCAAACAAUCUUUUUGAGGGAGAACUGCCUCACUGUUCUCAUAUGCCAAACUUACGUUUCCUUCUCGUAAGUAAUAAUAGCUUUUCAGGAAAGUUCCCCUCAUGGCUCCAACACUUCUCAUAACUGGUUUUCCUUGAUCUUUCAUGGAACAAGUUUUACGGAUCACUACCAAGGUGGAUCGGAGACUUGGUGAGCCUACGCAUUCUACACCUAAGUCAUAACAUGUUUGAUGGAGAUAUUCCGGACAACAUCACAUAUCUUACCCGACUUCAGUACUUGAAUUUAGCAGCCAACAAUAUAUCAGGUUUAGUUCCUCCAUCUCUGUCAAACUUAGUUGGAAUGACUCUAAAACAUCGAUCCAGCCCUAAUGAUGAUUCAUAUUCAUUUGACGAGUCGCAAGAUAUAUUCUCCCUGGUGACCAAGCAUGAAGUGCUCAAGUACGGCGCGCACGGGCUAGUUGAUGUGAUCGGAAUUGACUUGUCGCUGAACCGCUUAACCGGUGGAAUUCCAAAUGAAAUAACUUCUCUAAGUAUACUGUCAAAUUUAAACUUAUCAUGGAAUCAUUUGAGUGGAAACAUUCCAGAUAAUAUUGGAUCUAUGAAAUUGAUGGAAUCACUAGACCUAUCGAGGAACAACUUUUCAGGUGAAAUCCCACCAAGCUUGUCAGAUUUGACAUAUUUAAGUUACCUGGAUCUGUCGUAUAACAAUCUCAGCGGAAUGAUCCCAUCAGGUCGUCAACUUGACACCCUUUAUACCGAAAACCCUUCCAUGUACAGCGGAAACAAUGAUCUUUGUGGUCCCCCUCUCCUAAGGAACUGCUCAGAGAAAAGAGCAUCAGAGCAUGGCAAUCAACAAGAAACUAAAAAGGAUCCUGAUUUUGUGAUCUUUUACUAUGGACUGGAGUCAGGGUUUGUGGUUGCCUUUUGGGUCGUUUUCUGUGCUCUACUAUUCAAGAAGGCCUGGAGGGUUGCCUAUUUCAGUUUCGUUGACUUGCUGUAUGACAAAUUAAAUAUGUUUGUGGUUGUCAUUUGUUGUAUAUAUAUAGCUAGGAGGAAGACCAAGAAUUAAGGGCGCACAUCUGCAUAGCAACAUCCCGGUAAAUAAAGUUAAAGAAUUAUCAUUA